AUCUAGGGUUUUGCUCUUCUUCCCUUGCAAACUCAAAAAUUCCAAAUCGCCGGGGGGCGGCGGCGCCAUGGCGAACCGUACGGACCCCCUUGCGAAGAGCAUCCACGGCACCAACCCUCAGAACCUGGUGGAGAAGAUCGUCCGCUCCAAGAUCUACCAGAGCACCUACUGGAAGGAGCAGUGCUUCGGCCUCACCGCGGAGACGCUCGUCGACAAGGCCAUGGAGCUCGACCACACCGGCGGCACCUACGGAGGCAGCCGCAAGCCCACCCCCUUCCUCUGCCUCGCGCUCAAGAUGCUCCAGAUCCAGCCCGACAAGGACAUCGUCGUCGAGUUCAUCAAGAACGAGGACUACAAGUAUGUCCGGGUUCUUGGGGCCUUCUACCUCCGCCUCACUGGCACCGUCGCCGAUGUCUACCAGUACCUUGAGCCACUCUACAAUGACUACCGCAAGAUCAGGCAAAAGCUCAGUGACGGAAAGUUUACCCUGACCCACGUCGACGAGUUCAUUGACGAACUCCUGACCAAGGACUACUCCUGCGACACGGCCCUCCCCCGCAUUCAGAAAAGAUGGGUUCUUGAGACUUCUGGAACUCUAGAACCAAGAAGAAGUGCACUUGAAGAUGAUUUUGAGGAAGAGGAGGAAGAUAAGGAGGAUGAAGAACCUAUGGAUAUAGAUGAGCCAAAUGGGCGGGAAAAGCAUGAUCCCUAUCGUGGAAGAAGCCCUACUAGAGAACGAGAGAGGGACAGGAAACAUGAAAGGCACCACAGGGACCGAGAUUAUGACAGAGAUCGGGAUUAUGGUAGGGGACGGGAAAGAGAUCGAGAUCGAGACCGAGAAAGAGAGAGAGAUAGGGAUAGGGAUAGGGAUCGUGAUCGAGACCGUCAUCGCAUACGAGAUGAGGACUACAGUCGAGACAGGGACAGAGAGAGAGAUAGGGAUGGCAGGGAGAGGGAACGUCGGGACAGAGACCGUGGGAGACGCAGGAGCCGUUCAAGGAGCAGGAGCAGGGAUCGGCGAGAAAGAGACCGAGAAGAUGGGGAGUACCGGAGGAGGCGUGGUCGGGGUAGUGCCAGUCCUCGAGGUCGUGCUGAGGAUGGAGGCUCAAGAGAUGAACCGAAGAAGAGAAAGGAAAAGAAAGAGAAGAAGGGUGAAGGGAAUGCCCCAGAUCCAAACGACCCAGAGAUUAUAGAAAUGAACAAGCUUCGAGCCUCGCUAGGGUUGAAACCGCUCAAGUAGUGUAAUCUUGAUACAAUGCAUCUGAAGUUUGAGCGCCUGUAGCUUAUAGCUUAAAGCAGUACUUUUCUGACGACUGAAGCAGUACAGCCUAUCAAGAGUACAGCGUAGGUGUAAUUACCUGUUUUAUUAUUGUUACUUCGCUGUAACGGUA